AUGGAAGAUUCUCCUGUAUUCAAUUACAUCAGCAAUCUUUCUCCCAUUGGGCCAGUCAAGUUCAUACAAACUAAUUGUGCAUUUAAUUCACUCACUUGUGCAUCUCCUCCAUCUGUGUUUACUUCACCACAGAUUUGGAAGCACCAUUCAUUUAAAAGUGAAAUAAAUUUGCAUAGAAUCUGUUCAAUUGAGCAAAACGAAGAAGCAUGCAAUUGGGUGACAUUGGUUUUUGACACUGCUGAUCUGUUUGAUGUUGAUUUAUCUAUCAAUGAAGAGCAUUUUAAGGAGCAAGAUCACAAAUCAGUUGAUCCUGGGACAAUGUCUUUUAUCUCAACUGUCCUACAACUCCCACAAGACAAUGCAAACGAUUUAGAGAGGAUGGAAUCUGUUGGUACCGUCACUUGUAAACUAUGUGAAAUAGGAGAAACAGAAACUCAAUCAAGAGAAAUAGGGGACCUGAAAGAAACAGAUCCAGCAUCUGCAAUCCUUUCUAGCACCCUAUUAGAUAAGCUAGUUGUUAGUGAUUCAAGUGAUGAAGUGGACCACAAGGGAGCAGAAGUGCAUGCAGGCCAGAUGCAAGGAACUCAUAAAAAUAAAUCAAUAUUCAAUUGUAAUAGUAGUUCUUCGGUCUCAAUACAAUUUGAUUGUAAAGUAGCCUCUGAUGAAAAGCAGUUGGUUCAAGUUAAUGCCAGAAGUGGUUGUUCAUCAUCCGUGGUACCUGGUAGUGGUUUGCACUUGAAUGCUCUUUUAGCUGCUUCGACAAACUCAAUGGCCUCUAGACCUAAUCAGAAUCCUCUUGAUAGAUUCUUGAGUCUAAACACUUUAGAAAGUGAAUUGCUUCCAUGUGACAAUGAAGCUCAGGUUAUAGAAACUGCUCCUCAAACAUCUACAUUUGCUUUUGGUGAAGAGUUUGACCAUAGUAGCCAUAAAAGAAAGAGGUUAAAGGCGGAAGAUGUUGGAGAAAGUAAAGGCUACAAGCGCUGUAAUUGUAAGAAGUCAAAAUGCUUGAAGCUUUACUGCGAAUGCUUUGCUACUGGCCUCUACUGUGUUGAGCCUUGUUCAUGCCAAGAUUGUUUUAACAAACCUAUUCAUGAAAACACUGUUCUGGAGACUUGGAGACAGAUUGAAUCUUGCAACCCAAUUACAUUUGCUCCCAAAGUGAUUAGAAGCACCGAUGCUAUUAUGGACAUUGGGGAUGACGAAACCAAAACUCCAGCUUCAGCCAGGCAUAAAAGAGGAUGCAACUGCAAAAAAUCAAGUUGCUUAAAGAAAUACUGUGAAUGCUUUCAGAGUGGGGUCGGAUGUACUAUCGGCUAUAGAUGCACUGGAUGUAAAAAAGAGUUUGGUCAAAAGGAUGUCUCUCCAAAGUCUAAGAGGGUUUCACCUCCUAAUCGAGAAUUUGGGUCAUCAACUGGUUGGAGGCCUGGUAGAAAAAUGAAAUUAAUUCUGAGAUUUAUCCCACCAUUUCCAUCUCUCAUUCCACUAGGAGAGCAGUAA